AUGAAGGACUUGUCUCAUUAUGGUCCUGCGCUAUGUGUUAAAUUUUACAAUGAUUAUGUUCUAGCUGGUUAUGGGCCUUUCAUCCAUGUCUAUGACUAUCAUUCGGCUACGUUGAUUAACAAAUGUAGGCUAUUUCACUACAAUAAAGUUCAUGGACUUAGCCUUUCUAGUGAAGGGAAAAUUUUGGCCUAUGGUGCAAGAUCAGUAACAAUAGUGGAACUUGAAGACGUUUUAAAGAAAGAGUCAUUGGUGGAUUUCGAAAGGAUUAACUCAGAUUGGAUUACCGGUGCUACAUUCAGCUUUGACAACUUGCAAAUAUAUUUGUUAACAUGUUAUAAUAAAGUGCUAAUUUGUGAUUUAAAUUGUGAAGUUCUUUUUAGGAAGUCUCUUGGGGGAGAAAGAUCUAUUCUAUAUUCCGGUAUAAUUAAAGUUUUCGGUCCGGAUAAAGUAUAUGUUAACGCUGGUACUGUAAUGGGCGGUGUUAUCAUUUGGGACCUGUUCUCGGAGACAAAAAUUCAUAACUUACUGGGUCAUGAAGGUUCUAUCUUUUAUGUUAAUUUAAGCAACAACGGAAGAUAUGUUGCCAGUUGCUCUGACGACAGAUCAAUUAGACUGUGGGAUUUAGAAACUGGCAAGCAGCUGUCUGUUGGCUGGAGCCAUACGGCAAGAAUAUGGAAUUUAAUGUUUUUUGAUAAUGAUUCAAAACUAAUAAGUGUUUCUGAAGAUUGCACAUGCCGUGUAUGGAACAUUAUCGAAUCACGAGAAAACGUUGCCGAAUUAUCCAUAUCUAACGUUUACGAAGUACAUUUAAUCAAGAGUAUAUGGGGCGUUGAUGUGAAAGACGACGAAAUGAUAGCUGUAACCUCCGGGAAUGAUGGUAGGUUAAAGCUGAUUGAUCUUCUUCAACUGAAGAGACACGGCGAUGAAGAAACAUCGUUCAGUCUAGAUGAUAUCGCAAAGCAAUGUGGCGAUAUUUUCGAAAAGAAUGAAAGUAUCAAGGGAUUUCAAUGGUUUUCAUUCGGUGUAAUUGCUAUCACUUCAUUGGGUAAAAUACUUAAAUACAGUGAUGUCACGAAACAAUGGAAGUUGUUACUAACAAAUGAAAAAUUCAACUCGUAUCCAAUUACAAAUGGGAUUCAAACGCAAAAUAUCGCUGUCUUUUCCAAUAAUAAAAGUGACAUCCUUCUUAUCAAAUUUAGCAAAGAUAGCGCUGACAUAAUUGAGACCGAAGAAUUCCAUUUAGAUGAGCUUUCUAAGACAAAUAACUGUCUCGUUACAGAAUACGAUGAUGACUCCUUCCUAUUGACUUUACAAUCCCCAAAUCCUCGAGAGAAGUUUGUAUGUUUGGAAAUAAGCCUUCAGAACUUAAAAAUUAAAAGCAAGCACUGUUUCAAUAAGCCGGAAAAUUUUUCUUCCUCAUGUUUGACCUCCUUCCGAAAUCAUAUUUUAGUCGGCUCACGUUUUAGUACAUUAGUAAUCUACAACUUACUUGAUGAGAGCGAGGAGCCCUUCAUAAUUAGGAGAUUAAGUCCCGGAGACACUACAACCUCAAUCGAAUUUGUAGAAGAUAAAGACAACUCUGCGGUCUUCUCAGUAACAAAUAGGGAUGGCUAUUAUGUAUUUAUUGAGUUGACGAAAAACAGUUUGGAAGAGGGUCCCUACCGACUAAGUUAUAAGGUCUUGCAUUCUAAUAAGAUGAUGAAAGGUUUCUUGGAGGGCGCUUUCUUUAAUUCAAAAGGUGAAUACAUUACUUAUGGGUUCAAGUCCAGCUUGUUUUAUCUCUACAAUGAAACCAACUGUUAUGAACUAGCUAGUGAAGUUUGUGGUGGUUCCCAUCGUCUGUGGAAUCUCGCAAAAAUUACUGAUGGCCACGUAUUAAUGUAUAUUAAGGCAUCCCGAUUUCAUUUAAGGAAAAUUUACAACUCCAUUGUGCCUGAAACUUUAGAAAAUGGUGUACACGGAAGGGAAAUCAGAGAUAUUUCAAUCUGUCCUGUUUCAAAUACCAACACGAAUGACAAUUUUAAGGAUGGGCAUAUAUUCUGUACUGCAUCUGAAGAUACUACAAUUAAGCUGGGAUAUUUUAACAAUAGAACAGGGAAGGUGCAGAAUUUUUGGACACAAAGAAAGCAUGUGUCUGGAUUACAACGUUGUCAGUUUAUAAAUCACAAACUAAUGAUAUCAUCUUCAGCUAGAGAGGAGUUAUUCUUAUGGGAAUUGAACGAUAAGUAUAAUAAACGACCAUAUAUGACCAUACGACAAGCUUUACCUGUAUCCACAAAUAAUUCUGAUCUAAGGAUCAUGGAUUUUGAUGUCAAAUUUAUAUCACAGUCAGGUGACUUCUUAUUAGUUACUGUUUAUUCAGAUUCAACAAUAAAGAUUUGGCACUAUAGGGAAAAUCAGAAUAAGUUUGACCUGAUCAUGCAAGGUCGUUAUAAGACGUGCUGUUUAUUCAACGUCGUAUUUAUUGCACUGAAAGAAGAGCUCCUUGUUGUCAUUUCACCAACUGAUGGACAUUUAGUGGUUUAUAAUAUAACCGAGUACGUACCAUUUUCCGUUGAUCCGAUUUCUGGCGAUUUGGUUGACCACAAACUGGACGCUACUAUCUCAAAUCUUCCCGCACCUGUAGCGCAGUUGCCGGUACAUCAAUCUGGUGUCAAGUCCCUAGACUAUGUUGCUAAUGCUACAAGAACUUCCGCCACAAUUUUGACAGGGGGUGAUGAUAAUGGUUUAGGGUUAAGCAACCUGAAAUUAGAUGACUCGAAUAAAGUAACGUUAAAAACAAGUGACUUUAUCGCUGCAGCAGCUUCUUCGACAAUAACGUCCGGUAUGUUGAUUAAUGGUGGCAAAGAAGUCAUUACCACAUCGGUUGAUCAAGUAAUACGCGCUUGGGAAAUUACCGCAGGCAAGCUUUCACUGGUAGAUAAAAAGCGUACCACUGUGGCGGAUACAGGAUCAUUAGAAAUCAUUUCCAAUGAUGAAGAUGCUGAUUCUGAGAAAACGUUACUGAUCGGAGGUGUUGGUUUAUCAAUUUGGAAAAAAUGA